GGCGGGCGACAGCAUGACUUGACACUUCGGGGGUUCGGCCAAGUUGCGCGCAGGCAAGGAAGGCGCGUCUCUUUUCUCCCGGGUCGAUGUUCCAUCGGAGAGGUUCAGGCGGGGAAGGGGGGCUUCUGGCUUCCGGGUAGGGAGAAAGAGACGGGCAAUUUGGGUGGGCACCCACCGGGCCGACGGCGAUCUGUCCUUUUUGUGCGCCGGGGACCAUGGAGCGGCUGCUUGGGCUGCGCCGAGAUCGCCCCGUCGGGUUUGAAGGUUCCGGACCGGUGCUCUGGUGUCAGAAGUUCCAGAAAGUUUGUCGUCUGCUGCGUUAUGCAAGGAGCUGUCUGUCCCUCCCCGAGUGUGCCCCCCCCCCAAAAAAACCUUUACAGGCAGGUCCGGAAGCGUGUUUGCUCACGAGUAAGCCCCCUCACACACACCCCGUUCAGUGGACCGAUAAAUGUGUUUUGGUUGUAGCGUCCCAAACUCUUCGCCUUACGUCUACUUAAAGGUCGUUCCCAUUGAGUUAGGUGGCGCUUACUCCCAAGCGCGCAUAAUAAAUAGGAUUGCAGCCACCAAACUUCGGAUCUGAGUAUAAAUGCACUUUUGCAUUUGGGGUUUUCGGAGGUUUUAUAGCACUCUACAUAUUCACGUAUAUUAUUGAUUGAUUGAAUUUAUAUACCACCCUGUACCCAGAGGUCUCAGGGCGGUUCACAGAACAAAAUCAAAAUAUAAAACCUCAAAAUAAAAACAACAACCCAAUAACCCUGUCUUGUUUGUUAGGUGCAAAGUUCAAGCAUCUGUGACCUUCUUGCUGUCCGUUUUUGUUUUGUUUUUUUCAGCUGGAUGCUAUGAGCAAGGUGGGGCCCUCCAGAUGGUAGUUUCCAUCUACCAUUGGCUCCAGCCAGCAUUACUAGUGGUCAGGGAUGACGGGAGUUGUAGUCUCAGAUAAAAACCAGCACUGUUAAUGGUGCUUGGAAUGGAGCGGCAGCAGCUGCUUCAAAACUUCUCACUUGCCCCUUCCAUGCAGAUGGCACUAUAGCCUACCGAUAAGAGUUAUUGCAAUUAUGUGUGCGGUUUGUUCAAAUGCAGUACUAAAAUAUAUAUGCGAAGUACUACUAUGAAAAUUUUCGCGGUGGCAACCAGCUGCAUUGUCCUUUAUUAUAACAAUGUGCUGCCGUUCUGAGGAUAAUCGGCUUAGUUGUAGCAUUUACUGUAUUUUAAAAAUGGUCACAGCCUGCUAGUGCUGCAUCUAGGAAGGUUGGUGGUUCAAGCCCACCCGGGGAUGGUUUUGGGCAGGAUUCCUGCAUUGCAAGGGGGUUGGACUAGAUGACCUGCGGGGUCUGCUACAACUCUACAAUUCUAUGAUUCAGUAGUUGUGUAGAGCAUUCGCUUUGCAUGUAGAAGGUUCCUGAAUCAAGCCCUGACAUCUCCAGGAAAGGCUGGAAAAGACCCCUAUCUGAAACCCUGAGGAGCUGUUAUUAGUUGGUGUGUAGAUAUUAACAAGUUAGAUUGGUAAAUGGAAGUUGGUAUCAUGUCCCCAUGUCCCUUCUGCCGUUUUACCAGAGGACUCAUAUAGCCACAUCUUUAAAGGGGGUGGCUGGGUGGCUAGAUAACAACCUUAGUGGCAAAGCUAUUUCUCUGGUGUAGCUUGGAAACAGAAUUGUUGACAUGGCAGUGGGAUUUGCCGAGAACCAAUGCACAGAAUGUAGAAGUAAUGCAAAUGUGUGGCAAAAGACAUAUCAGGGAAUCAUGACAACUUGCUGCUUUUUCCUUCUCUGUUGUUGUUUUGCACCCUGAUUCAUCGUUGUCAGGGCAGCUGCAAACAUGACAAGAUACAGAAAUUGCAUGAUGCUUUGGUUCCACCGUAGCGUGCAUUCUGGGCAUGCAAUGAGUUACUGGGGGGUAUUAUUGUUCUUUUAUUUAUAUCAGGCAUGGCCAAACUUGGCCCUCCAGCUGUUUGGGGACUACAACUCCCAUCACUCCUAGCUAACAGGACCAGUGGUCAGGGAUGAUGGGAAUUGUAGACCCAAAACAGCUGGAGGGCCAAGUUUGCCUAUGCCUGAUUUAUAUGCUGUUUAAAACACAUUAUCUGCUGCGCAGCACUCUUAAGGAACCACACGACAUCAGCCAUGCCAUCAGGAGUUGGUCCAUCUAUGAUGCAGGGCAUGGGUGUAGCCAAGGGGGUGGAGUAGGGAGGGACAGCUGCCUCCCCCAAAUCAUUCAAAACUAAUAAAGAUGCAUAGCUCCCAUCAGUCCCUUCCAAGAUUCUCCACGGGUGACGGGAAUUGCAGUCUAUAGCUUCUGGAGGAUGCCCCAUAGACUGCAGGUCAUCCUUUGUAGAAAAGGUUAAAUGGACUCAAAUUAGACAAAAAAUGCUUAUACCUAGAAGCCAGUAGGAAAGGAUUUAAUUCUUCUGAGACGUUCUCACUAAGACAGUCAUGGAUGGAUCUUUGACCGUUCCCUUGUCCAUGCUGCUUGGAGCAGAUGGGGAUUGGAGUCCAGCAACACCUGGAGACCUGCAGGUUCCUCAUCCAAGCAACAGGAUAUUAUUAAACCAAAAAAUAAGUUUCAAAGGAAGACUUCAAUGUGAUGCCCUACCAAACUGGAAUUCAGCAAAGUGUGACUGUACAAAUUGGUUGCCGCAGGUGCUGGAAAGGGCUAGAGGAAGUUCUACAGAAAGGUGCAGCACAAUGCAAGAAGUCAACAAGUCUGGAACUUUGAAACGAGAAUGGGCUUGCAAACCUAGAACUGACAACCAGAUUCAUGAUGGAACAGACCAGAAAGGCUGUGAUCUUUUCAUUGAUGACCUUUUUGAAGAAGCACAGAAAUUUGGAGCUGUAUGCACUCAACAGUCUCAAGUUAAAAAUAGAGUUGAUACAACAAUUAAAUUAUGGAAAAAUGGAUUCACGGUGAAUGAUGGCGAGCUCCGAAGCUACACAGACGUUGCAAACCAGCGCUUCUUGGACUCGAUUAAAAAAGGGCAACUGCCUCUUGAGUUGCAGAAGAUUUGUGAUAAAGAAGAGGUGGACAUUAAGGUAGACGAUAAGAAGAACGAGGUGUAUGCUUUGAGGAAGCCACUGUUCCAUCCUUUCUCUGGACAAGGCUACAGAUUAGGAAGUGCCACACCAAGAAUAAUUUCUAAAGUAAAAAGAGAUGUAGAAGAAAUUGAAAAGAGAAAAACAACAGUGGUAUUAAAUCAUUCAGAACCCAUUACUAGUAUCCAGAUCUGGCUAGCAGAUGGAACAAGGAUAGUACAAAACUUUAAUAUUUCUCAUAGAAUAUGGCACGUCAGAGACUUCAUAGCAAAUUACCAAGGACAUCAAGGAAGAAGUCCUUUCACGCUGACCACAUCGCUUCCUUUUCACGAGCUGCUGAAUGAAUCUCUCACCUUAGAGGAGGCUAAUUUGAAAAAUGCUGUCGUUGUUCAGAGACUUAAAAAAAAUAGAGAGCCUUUUCAGAGUUUGUCCUAGCAUCCUUUCUGAAGAUUGCCUAAAAUACAAUGGCGGUGUAGUCUUGGAGAAGAAGUAGAUGGUACCCACCAAACUGUUGCUUGGCUGGGUUUGUUUUACCAAAGCCCAGGUGGUGUAUGUAACCCCAAAAAGAAAUCAAUAGCAAUAUUUGUGGUGUAUAACAUCUGCAGCGCUUGUUGGAAAAGUCAUAUAGCAUGUGCUGUACUGACUCCAGUGCAUUCUCUCUCUCUUUUUCCUCUAUUUAUCAACCUAAAUAGAAUAUAAUGGGCAAUAAUUCACCAGGCUAGCCAUCUUAAGCUGUGUGUUUUGUCAGCUAGAUAGCUGUGAUAGUCUUGCAAAGGGGCAUUCUAGAGAAACUCCUAGGCUUUUGUUCGCACUUUUAGUUACAAUCGGGUGAAAAUGCACCUUGCUUUUCGAAGGUACUGCCGGUUGAUACUAUUCUUGCUUUUUGCUCUAGCCCAAUAUGCUUUAUUGUUUUCUCAGUGCCACAGUGCAAAAUUUAUGGGAGGCUAAUAUUCACAUUUAAAGCUAAAACUAAUUUUAACAUCUGAGGCAAUAGUUUCUAAAUUUUGAAGUAGUUGCUACCUUCCUUGAAAACAUAUCUGCCGAUUCAUGUCUUACAAUACAAUCCUAUACAUCUCUACUCAGAAGUAAAAGUUCUGCAGGGCUUACACUUAAGUGACUGUAGGACUGCAGCCUUAAUCAUGUUUUGUGCCAUUAGAUCCAUACAUUAUGCUCAUCGUCUUGAAAAAUUUAUUUGAAAGUGAACUCCACUGAUCUCAGUAGAACUUACUUCUGCACUUAUGUGCUUGGGAUAGUAUUUUUAGCUACUGAGAUGGAAGUAUAUGAGAUGAACAACUCAUUGUCUUGAGAAGUAUUAAUUCAAAAGUUCAGCUGCAAGUUUGGCACAGGUCAGGAAGCUUUAGGGGCACUUUCCCACAACUAAUCACACAUGCAUUAUGAAAUGGUACGUUCUCAUUGUGACAUCGUACCAUGUCACAACUGAAUAGUCUCACUGAAUAAAAGGGACAUGUUUUCACCUUAAAGCUUGUCUUAAAAACCAUCAGAUGUAUUUGGCAUGGGCUUAUCUGAGUAUGUUGCUUUUUAAGAGUUAGAAUGCAGGUGUUGCUGGAUUACACCCCCCCUCUGGAGGAAUUAUUAUUAUUAUUAUUAUUAUUAUUAUUAUUAUUAUUAUUAUUGCCUUGAAUGAUAGUCAGGGUUGCCGCGGGCAACACUGGCCUCUGUCCUUCCCUCCCUCCUUUUAUGCUGUCUCGCAUCUCUGCCACCCAAAGGCUUGCAUAGCUGUUUGUUGCAGCAGCCCUGGCUAGAAGUUCCCCAGGCGAAUGGUGCCUCUGGGACUGGUCAAGGGGGUGCUGGUUGUCAGGAGCUGAAGUGACCUCAGAGUAAGCAAGCAAGGGGGACAAACAAGUCCCAGACCCCUGUGCAUCAAUGUGAGGAGGCACCUCUCUUUGGGGCAGCUCAGAGACCAGGGGCGACAGCAGCGGUUGCCCAGAGGACUCCCAAGGGGAGGGGAGGGGA